GAAGACGAUUGUGGGGUGGCUCUGACAGUGGAGCAGUGGCGAUCUGAGUCGGACAUGGCUACAUCACCUUCAUUUCUCCAAGUCCGAUGCUCCAGCGGGACUCAGCGGUCAUGGCCGGCAGUCUGACCCAGCACGGCUCCCCCAAUCCGGGCUACAGCUCCAACAACGCUCUACCGGUGCACGUCGUCACGCAGACUGAGUCCAGGGACAAAUGGACCAAAAAGAUGGAUUUUCUCUUGUCUGUUGUUGGUUUUGCGGUGGAUCUGGGGAACGUUUGGAGAUUUCCGUACAUAUGUUACCAAAACGGCGGCGGUGCUUUCCUUAUUCCGUACAUUCUGAUGGCCAUCUUUGGUGGCGUGCCGCUCUUCUACAUGGAGCUGGCUCUGGGGCAGUUCCACAGAACUGGAGCCAUUUCUAUAUGGAAGCACAUCUGUCCUAUUUUCAAAGGUAUAGGAUAUGCCAUUUGUAUCAUCGCUCUGUAUGUGUCUUUCUACUACAACACCAUCAUCGCCUGGGCGCUCUUCUACUUCUACUCCUCUUUCUCCAGCAUCUUGCCCUGGACCAACUGCGACAAUGUGUGGAACACCCCGGACUGUACCAACUAUUUUGGUAUGGACAACGUCACCUGGACAAAUUCCUCCAGGUCUCCGGCAGAGGAGUUUUACACGAGGAAUGUUCUUGAGAUCCACAAGUCAUCAGGGCUGAGAGACGUCGGCGGUGUCCGCUGGCAGCUGAUGCUCUGCCUUUUUCUCAUCUUCACUAUCGUGUACUUCAGCCUGUGGAAGGGAGUGAAGACAUCAGGGAAGGUGGUGUGGGUGACUGCGACCUUACCCUACAUUGUGCUUUUCAUCCUCCUGAUCCGUGGUGCCACUCUGCCAGGAGCCUGGAGAGGCGUGGUCUUCUACCUGAAACCACAAUGGAACAAACUGCUGGACACCAGAGUGUGGGUCGAUGCCGCUGCUCAGAUAUUCUUCUCUCUGGGUCCAGGCUUCGGAGUCCUCCUGGCUCUGUCCAGCUACAACCCUUUCACAAAUAACUGCUAUCGUGACGCCAUCGUGACAAGUUUGGUGAACUGUCUGACGAGCUUCAUGUCAGGGUUCGUCAUCUUCACAGUGCUCGGCUACAUGGCAGAGAUGAGGCAGGUGGAGGUCGAGGACGUAGCUAGGGAUAAAGGACCAAGUUUACUGUUCAUCACUUACCCAGAAGCCAUCGCGAACAUGAUGGGCUCCACCUUCUUUGCAAUCAUCUUCUUCGUCAUGAUGAUCACACUGGGACUGGACAGCACUUUUGGUGGUCUGGAGGCGAUCAUCACCGCUGUGUUGGAUGAAUAUCCCGACCAGUUAUCGCAGAGACGUGAACUCUUUGUGCUGGGCUUGGUAGUUGUCUGCUUUUUGGGCUCUCUAGGCACCCUUACACAUGGUGGUGCGUACGUGGUGCAGCUUCUGGAGGAGUUUGGAGUCGGAUGCUCUAUCAUCGCUGUGGGUUUUCUCGAGGCCAUUGCGGUUUCAUGGUUCUACGGCAUCAAACGAUUUAGCAGUGACGUUCAGGCCAUGUUGGGAAAAGCUCCAGGUUUAUACUGGAGGGUGUGCUGGGUCGCCAUCAGUCCAGCAUUCCUGGCGUACAUCAUAGUGAGCUCCCUGAUGAAGGCGCAGCCCCUCACACUGUUUGAUUACAAGUACCCAGACUGGAGCAUGAUAGUGGGAUACAUGGUUGGUUUGUCGUCCUUCAUGUGGAUCCCCAUCUACAUGGUCUACAAGCUGGUGUGGACUCCUGGAUCACUCAAGCAGAGGUUGGCAGUGUGUCUGAGACCCGAGCGGACCAUACCAGAAAUCCACACUGACAGCUUCAACAUGGUCACCGUGCCAUAGAAAGAGAGAAAAAAACACACUUACUCGUAGAUACUCGAGCGUGGUCUGUCAUGACUGUUUGUACCUGUCAAUCAUGUCCACUUUCACAGCACAUUCAAACUCUCUGUAAAUGCUGCUCAAUUUAUAACAGCUGGUAAGGGCAGCUGAGAAAGUUUGGUCGACCUGUAGGAUUCAGAUUUAUUGAUGGUAGUUUCUCGCUAAUAACCACGUGUUGCCAGAUUUCAAGUUUUGCAUUCUCAUGGUUGUCGGAGUCACAUUUGUAGACAAUGAAGUCAAUGUUCCGUCUCUCCCCUUAACCGACUGUAUGUAUCUGACACAAACACGAUGCCAAGGACAAAUAAAAACAACAUGUAUUUCUGUAUGUAAACGAUGUUCAGCACCUCAUUUCUAUUGCAUUGGACCGUUGUUUGUAUCAAUUCCAUUAUUUUCUGUACAUUGUGAAAUGUACUGGUUAAAUCAAGUCUUUUGCAUGAAAUGACAUUAAUUAAAGUGCGUGUGAAGCGAUUCAAAAAAUAUCUCUUUUAAGUUUGUCCGACACAGGAAAUUGUGUUUCUAACCACCUUGUAGAAAAAUCUGAAUUCUGUACAGAAUAUACAUGUAUCAAAGUAACUAAGUCAAGUUUAUUUAUAAAUACUUUUCACAGUGCUUCACAGUAAAUAAAAAUAUAAUAUAUAUAAUACACAGCAAAUACAACACUCACAGAUAUAAAAAGAUAAAAACAGAUUGUAGUAAAACCCACACCUAACUAAAAGAGUCUUAAUCUACUCUUUGAAAGACUGCGCCGAAACAGUGGCAACUCAUUCCAUAAUCUCAAAUCUCAUGUUCAACAAUCAUCUAGAGAAGCAACAUUUUCAUGGUUUUGGUUUAAUAAUAACAUGUUGUGCACAAACAGAGGGCUGCUUUAACUACAGUACACUCCUGCUUUCUCUCUCCCUCUUUAUUUCAUUUCCUCAUCUGAAAGAAUUUUAAAUAAAGUGCCAGAGGUUCUUCUACAUGUUGUUGCAUCAAGGUGAGACAUAUUGUUACAAUUGAACA